UCGGUACACCCGGCCUGCUAUUUGCUCGUCUUUACCCUAUAUACCUGCCGUACCCUAUUUUCGUUUGCCGUCUCUUCUCACUUCGCACCCUGCCAUUCCAAAACCUCUCAAAACCCUCGUUCUCCCCACUCCCUGCCUCCUCCUCCGCCGCCGCCGGUGCCUAGCAAGAUGAGUCGGCACCCUGAAGUAAGGUGGGCUCAAAGGAUUGACAAGGUGUAUAUCACAGUACAAUUGCCUGACGCAAAGGAUGCCAAGGUCAACCUGGAACCUGAUGGUGUAUUCUCUUUCUUUGCCACUGCUGGAACUGAUGGGAACUCCUAUGAAUCGAAACUGGAUUUGAAUGACAAAGUGAAUGUCGAGGCAAGCAAAGUAAGUGUUGGUGUCAGGUCCAUAUUCUGUAUUUUGGAAAAAGCCGACGCCAAAUGGUGGAAUAAGCUUGUUCGAGAUGAUCAGAAGGCACCACACUUCGUGAAAGUUGAUUGGGACAAAUGGGUCGAUGAAGAUGAUGAUGGUGCUGAUGUUAAUGUUGAUGGGAUGGACUUUUCGAAUAUGGGUGGCAUGGGCGGUAUGCCUGGCAUGGAAGGUUUGGGCGGCAUGGGCGGCAUGGGUGGUAUGCCCGGCAUGGAAGGUUUGGGUGGCAUGGGUGGUAUGGGUGGUUUGGCUGGUAUGAUGGGUGGAAUGGGCGGUAUGGGUGGUAUGGGCAUGCCGCCUGGUAUGGAAGGUUUGGGUGGUAUGGGGAUGGAUGAUUUUGAGGAUGAGAGUGACGACGAAGGAGAAGUGUCGAAACCUCAAGACGCAGGGAAGUCUGAUGCUGCGGAAAUCUCUGAGGAGGUGGAAGGCAAAGCUGGCACAGCAGCUCAGAGCAACUGAAGGCUUUCUACUCAAUAAUCCCUACUCGAUUGUAUCCUAGCGUUUCUUUAUCAACGUGCUGAACUGAAGGACACAUUCUGCUCGCUGGUUGGGAUUGGGGUCUCAUGUAAGAUGAUGACUUAUACUUGUGUCCAACUAAGCUUCGUACCGUCUGUUGGCAUAUUACGAGUUCUGAGAUUGUUUGCAUUGUACGCUGAUGGUUCUGCACUCUGUUUGGCUUAAAAUGUGUUUACCCUAGUUUUUA